GUCGGACAGGCGGGAAGGGGCGGCCGCUCCGGGAGGAUGGCGGCGGCUUCAGCGGCAGCUGUGGGCUCGGGCUCCAGCUCGGGGGUCUCGGGCGCAGCGGGCAGCGGGGCGCGUGAGGGCGCGCGAGUGGCGGCACUCUGCCUGUUGUGGUACGCGCUGAGCGCGGGCGGCAACGUGGUCAACAAGGUUAUCCUGAGCGCCUUCCCAUUCCCGGUGACGGUGUCUCUGUGCCAUAUCCUGGCGCUGUGCGCGGGGCUCCCGCCGCUGCUGCGCGCUUGGCGCGUGCCCCCAGCACCACCCGUCUCGGGCGCUGGGCCCAGCUCGCAUCCGUCGCCCGGCCCGCUGCUGCCGCCGCGCUUCUACCCGCGCUACGUGCUGCCGCUUGCCUUCGGCAAGUACUUCGCAUCUGUGUCUGCUCACGUCAGCAUCUGGAAGGUGCCUGUGUCCUACGCUCACACCGUGAAGGCCACCAUGCCCAUCUGGGUGGUCCUCCUGUCCCGGAUUAUCAUGAAGGAGAAGCAAAGCACUAAGGUGUAUUUGUCACUCAUCCCCAUCAUCAGCGGCGUCCUGUUGGCCACCGUCACCGAGUUGUCUUUCGACAUGUGGGGUCUUGUCAGUGCCCUUGCUGCCACUCUGUGCUUCUCCCUUCAGAACAUAUUCUCCAAAAAGGUAUUGAGAGAUUCACGGAUUCACCAUCUCCGGCUACUGAACAUCCUGGGCUGCCAUGCCGUCUUCUUUAUGAUUCCCACCUGGGUUCUGGUAGACCUCUCAGCUUUUCUGGUCAGCAGUGACUUGACCUACAUCUCCCAGUGGCCCUGGACACUCCUGCUCCUGGCUGUCAGUGGCUUCUGUAAUUUUGCCCAGAAUGUCAUUGCCUUCAGCAUCCUCAACCUCAUCAGCCCCCUUAGCUACUCAGUCGCCAAUGCCACCAAGAGAAUCAUGGUCAUCACAGUGUCCCUGAUAAUGCUGCGCAACCCGGUCACAAGCACCAAUGUUCUAGGCAUGAUGACGGCUAUCCUGGGGGUCUUCCUGUACAACAAGACCAAGUAUGAUGCAAACCAGCAAGCCAAAAAGCACCUCCUCCCCGUCACAGCAGCAGACCUGAGCAGCAAGGAGCAUCACCGGAGCCCUCUAGAGAAACCCCACAAUGGCCUCCUCUUCCCCCAGCAUGGGGGCUAUCAAUAUGGCCACAACAACAUCUUAACAGAUCACUUCCAGUACAGCCGGCAGAGCUACCCAAACUCAUACAGUUUGAACCGUUAUGAUGUGUAGAGUCCAGAGGACAGGACAAGAAAGUUCUGUGACUCCUUCCCCCAGCCCCAACAGUAUCAUAAACUUUUGACAACUAGUGAAUGUACAACCCAGCCGAGGGGAUGGUGCAGAACCUCGUAACAUCGGAAGAUCUUGGGCUUCCCAGCCCCCCUGGAGCAACAGAAAGUUGGGCCUGCAGUAUGGACAGCUGCAGGCUCUGGGCAGAGGCAAAUCUAAGUGAAGACCAGUAUUUUACACUUUCAUACUGGAGUCUGUCACCUGAAGGUUGUGUCCCUGUGGAGAUCUUGGCCAAGUAGUACCUUUCAGUGUGGAAUUAUUCCCCAACCAGUGUACUUCAGAGCUCUUGUUCUGCUUUACAGAUGACAUUCACAGUCCUAUCUGGAAAAGUACCAUCACUGUGGAGAUGACCAUGGAGCUGACAAGAGGUGGUUUCUGGGGGCAAAGGAUGUCAGGGAGUACAUCAAAAGGGAGUGCUUUAAUUCUAUGACUUAGAUAAUGUGUGACACGGGCAUCAAGUGGACAAGGAGCCUAUAUGGGUCACUUAAAACAUCUCCAGCAUCAAAGGUGGACCCAGUUUCCCAGUCAUCCUCAUGACCAUUUACAAUUCCUGGCAGAUGUUCCAAAGUGAAAAGCUAUUGCAAUUAAUAGCUCUUCCAAUUUCCUAGAUCCUGAUUCUUUCUUUAACCUCUAAAUUGGAAUUGGUGUCCACCUAGACCCAGAGGGAAGGGAAACUGCUCCCUCUCCUCUGCCUUUUUCUUCUCUUGACAGAGCAGAGCACUGCUCCUAGGGAGAAGAAUCAGUCUUCAAGAAAUUACAUUCAAGGCCAGGCGCCGUGGCUCAUGCCUGUAAUCUCAGCACUCUGGAAGGCCGAGGUGGGUGGAUUGCCUGACCUCACGAGUUCUAGACCAGUCUGAGUCAGAAGUGAGACCUCCUCUCUAAAAAUAGCUGGGUGUUGAGGCAGGCACCUGUAGUCCCAACUACUUGGGAGGCUGAGGCAAGAGAAUCGCCUAAGUCCAAGAGUUUGAGGUUGCUAUGGGCUGUGACGCCAUGGUACUCUACUGAGGGUAACAAAGUGAGACUCUGUCUCAAAAAGAAAAAAAAAAAAGAAAUCACAUUCAGUACUUCUGUAGCACUUUUUUCAGAUGAGUCUUCACUGAUUCUUCAUGGGUAGGAUGUUUUGUAGGGAAAUCUUAAUUUUAUGAUCUCACAUUUUUCUAAGGGAUAAUUUUAUAGUUGUGUUUAUGUCUUGAUCCCCAUUAGGGGAUGACACAUGAGGACUGGCUUAUGGGUCAAAAACGGUUUUGUUGGGCAGCGCCUGUGGCUCAGUGAGUAGGGCGCCAGCCCCAUAUGCCGAGGGUGGCGGGUUCAAACCCAGCCCCGGCCAAACUGCAACAAAAAAAUAGCCGGGCGUUGUGGCGGGCGCCUGUAGUCCCAGCUGCUCGGGAGGCUGAGGCAGGAGAAUCGCGUAAGCCCAAGAGUUAGGGGUUGCUGUGAGCCGUGUGAUGCCACGGCUCUCUACCCGAGGGCGGUACAGUGAGACUCUGUCUCUACAAAAAAAAAAAAAAAAACGGUUUUGUUUCUAAAUGUUUAAAAACAUGAAAAUUUCCUACUGGUGAUAGAUACCUGACACAUUUUACUAUUUCGUAGGAAGCAAUGAAAUGUGUGGUUUUUUGUGUGUGUUUUUUGUUUAAGGGACAGGGUCUCACUCUGUUGCCUAGGUUGGAGUGCAAUAGUGUCAUCAUAGCUCACUGUAACUUCUGACUCUUGGCCUCAAGUAGUCCUCCCACCUUGGCUUCCCAGAGUGCUGGGAUUACUGGUAUGAGCCACUGUGCCUGGCCACAAUGGAGUGUUUUGAAGCUCCGAUCUCAGUAUAAUUGCUGAAAAUGGAAUGAAUCAAGAAUAUUAUCUCAAUUUUUUUAAGAGGCAGGGUCUCAUUGUGCGCCACCCAGGCUAGAGUGCAAUGGGCAUGAUGAUAGUUCACUCUUGGGUGCUCAAAAGAUCCUCCUGCCUCAGUCUUGAGUAGCUGGGACUAUGAGUGUGCACCACCACACUUCGCUAAUUUUAAAAAAUAUUUUGCAGGGUGGCACCUGUGGCUCAAGGAGUAGGGUGCCAGUCCCAUAUGCCGGAGGUGGCGGGUUCAAACCCAGCCCCGGCCAAAAUCUACAAAAAAAAUAAAUAAAUAAUAUUUUGCAGAGAUGGGGUCUCACUAUGUUCCCAGACUGGUCUCAACCUCCUGGGCUCUAGCUAUUCUCCUGUCUCAGCCUCCCAAAGUGCUGGGAUUAUGGGCAUGACCUUUUUUUUUAAUCAACAGAAGUGCUAGCCAGUUAUCGAAAUAUUUUGCAUUGUAAAGAAGAACACAGUGUUUGGAUUCCAUGACCUGUUUUUAUGUUUAUGUUAGGAUCUCAAUCAUGUCACCAAGUUAAUGCCAAAUCAGAUUCUUCAGUCAAUAAUAAGUUCAAGUUUUGGCAGAAUCCUAUCGGGAAAAUCAUAGGCAUAGGCUCCCAGCAGGUAACCUUCUGCACCAAGGUCCAGUUUGUGGUCUGAGGUCUUUUCUGCCUUCCUGAAAGGCAUAAGGGGACCAGUGGCUGACUUUUGAGGUCUUUGGUGAUGGCUACCUUCUUUCUUCAGCACUGUGCCCAUCUCUCCCCAGUACUUGGGGAGUAAGCAGCAGAUGGGACGGUGAUUUGCCCUUUAUAUCCUAGUGGGUGUUCCCUUGUUCAGAGGAAGUAAUGCAGCUUAUGCACUUAAUUUUUUUUUUUUUUGCUUUGACUGAACUUUUGUAUUUAAGAUGUUAAGUUUUGUCACCUUACGAAUGGACUACUCCUGGAGAGGUCACUGGUUCCCCUGCUUGCCUAUAAAUUUACCAACCACUGGCCUCAGGAGAGUCCUUGUUUGUUUGUUGUGUGCUUGCUUUAUAAACACUUGGCUCCCAAGUUCUGAAACAAUUGCUGUGUAAAGUGGGAAGAGGCAAUACUGAAGGGUGUUAUUCGUGAAAAAAUUUGCUAUGUGCCUUCACCAGAGGCAGUAGGGUCUGCGGUUGAAUUUUUCUCAACAAAUGGGGAUAAUUUUGCAGUGCAAAGAUAUUACAAUAGUUAUUAUAGAUUACAAUACCUGAUUCCUUGAACAUAUAAUUGAACUCCAAAAUGAAUUAUGCCUCUGUCAGGGUUUAAUGAAAUUUCUGAUGUUGCUGGAAUUUGUAAAUGAAUGUUUUCCUUUUCCAAUGCAAGAUAUGCUGGAAAAGGGAAAUAACUGUCUGGUUUUAUUAUGGUUUAUAAAUUAAUAAAUGGAUGUUUAAUUCUGUACACAAAUCUACAGCAAGUACAUACACUGGAAUAAAUGAGACAAUCAUACUAGACCAAAUCUCAUCAAAUCAAAAAAAUGAAGGUGUCAUUUUUGAGACUUGAAGCUUCAGAGUUAAUGGCUGGUUUUCCCAGCCACUUGUUACCCUGGCCUCAGGCCCCAGUCCUAUGUUGGCUCUGUUCUUCCCCUCCUCACUGCUGGGAUCUGUGGUAGAGGGUUUAGCUUACCCAUCUAUGGUGUGGUCUGGUCUGUGACACCAACUCUAACCCAACUCCUUCAUUUUACAGAAGGAGACAUUGUGGCUCAGAGGGCAUUAAAUAGUGUUUGUUCACUAUC